AUGGUUGCCGAAUUAACCCAGCCUGCCCGAGCGAGUUUACUUGGGCUGCCAGUCGAGCUUCGACUGAAAAUCUUUCGUCUAAUCUGGCGGUCGCUUGUCAUCGAAGUCAAGCGUGGAGCAGCAAGAUAUGCCUCUGAGUCUGACUCUGAGUCUGACGAGGAUGCUGACGCCGACUAUGAGGAGCCAGAAAUGAGUCGCAGCUGCGACAUCUCACCACUUCCGGGCACUCCAUCCGAUGUUGCGGCCUUGCGACGUGCGUGCAAGCGAUUCAGUCAUGAGAUCGACGAUAGCUGGCAUUCGGAGGUCACCUAUCGCUUCCCCACCACCGUCUCUUUCAUCGACGUGCUCAGUCAGUGGUCAAAGGAGAAGGUAUGCAAGUUACGCUAUGCGUACGUUGUGGACUAUCCGCUCCCUGUGUAUGCAUUCGACGAAGGAGGCUACUUUAUGACGCUUGAUUUCAGCGACGCAUUGCCGAUGUUUCCAGGCCUUCAGCUUGAGCUACUAUCGGUGGAAAACAUCUGGCUCACAGCAAAUGGCGAGCCUCCGGACACUUGGUGCUUUUCAGCCACGGUCGGCACGGUCAAGGCGCUGCUACUAUCCAGCGGAUGGAGAAGACUUGAAUACCAUUCCGGCAUUCUUCCAUUGACUCCAACGCAAAUGAGUCAGUUGGACAUGGCCGUGGAGAAAUACAAAACCGAACGAGCGGAAUUGGAUUUUCGGUAUGGUCUCGGUCGUGUGCGGCCUCAUACACACUCGCACGGAAACUUGCUGGAUUUCAAACUACCCGACGAGGAUUAUGGUGUGACACUGCAGCUCGUAAUGGAAUGGUAUACAAAACAUGCAGAUGAGAAGAAGGCUUGCGGUAUGAACAAAUACCCAGAAGGAGUCACUAGAAAACAUGUAGCCAUGUGGGCGGAGAGAGGCUCAGAAGCGGAUUAUGUUCAAAGUGGACUGGGGCUCGCACCAACAUUGGCGAGUUUUGAGGGCAAGCUUUCAUGGGUGGAGCUGAGGAAGACUGAUGACUACUUGACUGGAGAUGGGGCGCAUGACCCGACGAGUUAUCUGUGA